GGGAGGAGGGCCUGUGUGAGGAGGGCCCCCGUGCUGAAGGCGGAGAGCACGCCAGCCGCUAGGCCUGGGCCGCGCGUCCCUGCAGCCACAUGGCCUCCGGAGUGGGCGCGGCCAGCGAGGAGCUGCUGCCUCCCGACGGCACGUGUGACGAGUGCGAACCGGACGAGGCGCCGGGAGCGGAGGAGGUGUGCCGUGACUGCGGCUUCUGCUACUGCCGCCGCCACGCAGACGCGCACCGCCAGAAGUUCCUCAGCCACCGCCUAGCCGAGUACGUCCAUGGCGCCCAGGCCUGGGCCCCGCCAGCCCAAGAGGACGACGCGGUCCCCGAAGACGUCGUCGAGGCCAAAGGGGAGCCCGAGGGGGAGGUAGAGAGCGAGGUGGGUGAAGAAGAGAGCGAGUCGGAGGAAGACAGUGAGUCCGAAGAAGAGAGCGAGACAGAGGAAGACAGUGAGCAUGAGAGCGAUGAGGAGAGUGAAGAAGACAGCGAGGAAGAGAUGGAGGAUGAGCAGGAAAGUGAGGCAGAGGAAGACAACCAAGAAGGAGAAUCUGAGGCAGAAGGAGAAACCGAGGCAGAAAGUGAAUUUGACCCCGAAAUAGAGAUGGAAGCCGAAAGAGUGGCCAAGAGGAAGUGUCCGGACCAUGGGCUUGAUUUGAGCACCUAUUGCCAGGAAGAUAGGCAGCUCAUCUGUGUCCUGUGUCCAGUCAUUGGGGCACACCGGGGCCACCAGCUGUCCACACUAGAUGAAGCCUUUGAAGAGCUGAGAAGCAAAGAUUCAGGCGGACUGAAGGCGGCUAUGAUAGAGUUGGUGGAAAGGUUAAAGUUCAAGAGCUCAGAUCCUAAAGUAACUCGAGACCAGAUGAAGGUAUUUAUACAACAAGAAUUUAAGAAAGUUCAGAAAGUGAUUGCUGAUGAGGAGCAGAAGGCCCUUCAUUUAGUGGACAUCCAAGAAGCAAUGGCCACAGCUCAUGUGACUGAGAUACUGGCGGACAUCCAGUCUCACAUGGAUAGGUUGAUGACUCAGAUGGCCCAGGCCAAGGAACAACUUGAUACCUCUAAUGAAUCAGCUGAGCCAAAGGCAGAGGGUGACGAGGAAGGACCCAGCGGUGCCAGUGAAGAAGAGGACACAUGAAGACUCACCAUUCCCCGUGGAAAAUACCCCUUCCCUGUGUGUAUGUGACAGUGUGUAUGUAAUGGCUUCUGAUAUCUGUGAAAGCUGCCCGGCAACAAACUUCUUCCACUGGAUAUGUCCCAAGAUCCACAGCAGGCAAACACGUCUCCAAGGGACAAGGAGUUUUAUGCAUACUGGCUGUGUGCUUCUUGUUCUCCUGUGGUAGGUCACAGGAAGAGCCCCUUUGAUCAACUUAAAGGGCUCUUCAGACACCCCGCUGCAAUGGCUGCUUUGAACUUACUCAGGAAAGCCAGUUCCUGGAAUAUUGGGCAAGUCAACAGUAUCACUUCCUUAGGAAGGUUCUAGAAUAUCUUGAAAUCAGUUUUUUUCUUACCUGCAAACACAAAGUCCACUUUGUUUGUGCUGAAGCUUACAGCAAAUGGGGCCAAAUGGGGCCAAACUGACUCACUAGGCAGUCUCUCGUAG